AUGAGCGGUGGACCGGACGCCGCCUCGCCGGAGGUUCCCUCUGAGGACGGCGGGAGCGGCGAGUGGCGGCGCAUUUUCAACCGGGUUGAGGCGCUGCUGCCGCGGGUCGAGGAGCUCGCCGCGGACCGUGCUCGCCUCGAGGAAGCCACCAGGACCCAGCAAGAACUGUCGGCAGCACGCGAGAACAGCCUCCAUGCCCGCCUCCUCCAGGCGAAGGCGAGCAGGUGGAGGUGGAAGACGGCCUACAUUGAGCUGCCUCUCUUGGCCAAUCCCAAGAUCAUCGAACUCCAAGAGAAUGAUUUGGAGGAUUCCAGGAAAUGUGAAGCUCUUGUUGACGUCGAUGACUCAGGACCAGAGAUACCACUCAAGGGAGCUGAAAGGCAUUUAGAGCGCAGUGAAACAAAUGUCGUGGGUUAUGAGGAUGUUGUCAGAGAUUUAAGAGCUGAGCUAACAAAAUUAAAGCAAGCUUAUGAGACCCUGAGCACAAACAAGGAUAAGGAAACUUCUGAAUCAGCACACAAGCUUCAGCGGAACAUAGAGGAUAUGUUUGAUGAUGCAGAAAACAAGGUACUGAUUCAUUCUUUAGGGUAGGCUACUGAAAAUGCAUUCCUUUACUGAGAAGAGAU